UGAAGUUAAUUCAAUGCAGUGCGGUCAUUUGUUGCGAGAGUGACGGUAAGAUUAUGUACUGUGAUGUCAAAUCAGUCUACUUUUCGUGAAUCAUUUGUCAAAAUUUAGAGCAGUGUUUUUAAUCAAAGAAGAAAGUUGCAAAAAUGUCUUCAAUGCGAAUGAAAGCAGCCAAAUGUCCAUCUGAUGAGCUUGCCAUCACCAACUGUGCUCUAAUACAUCAAGAUGACUUUCCAAGUGACAUCAAGCAUAUUGAAGUAUCUACAGGACCAUCUCAACACUUUGUGUUCAGCAUUCGGUUUUACAAUGGAGUUGAUCGUGGCACGGUUGGAUUUUCUGCCCCUCAGCGAAAAUGGGCUACCCUCUCUAUCGGUCAAACCAUUGACGUGAAGCCUUUCAAACCCUCUAGUGCUGAAUGCCUCUGCAGCGUAACCUUGGAAGCCGACUUCAUGAUGAAGAAAACAACAUCAACGGAUCCAUAUGAUUCGGAACAGAUGGCCAGAGAUUUCCUUAUUCAGUUCGCCAAUCAAGUUUUUACUGUCGGACAACAGCUGGCUUUCUUGUUCCAAGAGAAGAAAGUCUUGUCGUUGAUCGUAAAAAAUUUGGAAGCCGUCGAUGUGCAAGCUUUAGCGGCCGGAGCCAAUGCCGUGCCCCGCCGGGUGCGGAUGGGCCGGCUGCUGCCCGACGCCUCGGUGCAGUUCGACAAGGCGGAGAAUUCGUCUCUGAACCUAAUCGGGAAGGCUAAAGGAAAGCAACCGCGACAGUCGAUCAUCAAUCCGGACUGGGACUUCGGCAAGAUGGGCAUCGGCGGUCUCGACAACGAGUUCAACGCGAUCUUCCGUCGCGCAUUCGCUUCCCGAGUGUUCCCUCCGGAGGUCGUCGAGCAACUAGGCUGCAAGCACGUGAAGGGAAUCUUGCUUUACGGUCCGCCCGGCACCGGCAAGACUUUGAUGGCCCGACAGAUCGGGAAGAUGCUAAACGCCCGCGAACCGAAAAUUGUCAACGGCCCGCAGAUAUUAGACAAAUACGUUGGCGAGAGCGAGGCCAACAUUCGACGUUUAUUUGCCGACGCCGAGGAAGAAGAGAAGCGAUGCGGAGCGAACAGCGGGCUUCACAUCAUAAUAUUCGAUGAAAUCGACGCGAUCUGCAAGGCCAGGGGCUCCGUCGGCGGCAACACCGGCGUCCACGACACCGUCGUCAAUCAGCUCCUCUCCAAGAUCGACGGUGUGGACCAACUGAACAAUAUCCUGGUGAUCGGCAUGACGAAUCGGCGCGACAUGAUCGACGAGGCCCUGCUCCGACCCGGCCGUCUCGAGGUGCAGAUGGAGAUCGGCCUUCCCGACGAGAAGGGGCGCGUCCAGAUACUGAACAUUCACACCAAGCGCAUGCGCGAGUAUAAGAAAAUCGCCGAAGACGUCGACUCUAUGGAGUUGGCAACAUUAACGAAGAACUUCUCUGGGGCCGAGCUGGAGGGCUUGGUCCGAGCCGCCCAGUCGACCGCCAUGAACAGACUCAUUAAGGCGUCGAGCAAAGUCGAAGUCGAUCCCGAAGCCAUGGAGAAACUUAUGGUCGAACGUACCGACUUCUUGCACGCCUUGGAGAAUGAUAUCAAACCGGCCUUCGGUACAUCCGCCGAAGCGCUCGAGCACUUCUUGGCUCGCGGCAUCGUCAAUUGGGGCUCUCCUGUUUCUUCUAUAUUUGAAGAUGGACAGUUGUAUAUUCAACAGGCGCGGGCGACCGAAGCCAGCGGUCUGGUGUCGGUGUUGUUGGAGGGCCCCCCGAACAGUGGCAAGACGGCCCUCGCCGCGCAACUGGCCAAGCUGUCGGACUUCCCGUUCGUGAAGGUUUGCUCGCCCGAAGACAUGGUCGGCUUCACGGAGACAGCUAAAUGCUUGCAGAUUAGGAAGUAUUUCGACGACGCGUACCGCUCGAGCCUGUCGUGCAUCCUGGUCGACAACAUCGAGCGGCUGUUGGACUACGGACCGAUCGGGCCGCGCUACUCCAACCUGACGCUGCAGGCGCUGCUGGUUCUCCUCAAGAAGCAGCCGCCCAAGGGACGAAAACUGCUCAUCUUGUGCACGAGCAGCCGAAGGCAAGUGUUGGAAGACAUGGAAAUCCUGUCUGCGUUUACGGGAGUGCUCCACGUGCCGAACCUAUCGCAGCCCGAGCACCUGCUGUCGGUGCUCGAGGAGAGCGAGGCCUUCUCCAAGCGCGACCUGCAGAAGAUACAGAGCGACCUGCGAGGAGCCAAAAUCUUCAUCGGUAUAAAGAAGCUGCUCGCUCUAAUCGACAUGGUGAAGCAGACCGACGAAGAAUACAGAGUGUUCAAGUUCCUCACGAAGUUGCAGGAGGAGGGCUGCGUCGAUCUCGGCACAACCAUACAAUAAGAAUCGUCGCAACCUUAGGGAUUACACGCGCAUACCACGUCGCCCACGACCGACCACAC